AUGUCCAAAGAUGAGAUUUCAUCUACCAUCAAAGGACUUAAGCCCAAAAAAGCACCGGGUGCGGAUGGUAUCUCCAACCAAGCCCUCAAAUACUUUCCGGAGCAGGUGAUCGCCUUAUUGGCCAUAAUCUUCAACGCCUGCUUUGAAUUUAGCUAUUGUCCCACCUCUUGGAAAGAGGCAACUGUCAUUGGUAUUCCCAAGCCAGGCAAACCUCACCACCUCCCGUCCAAUCACCGUCCAUUCAGCCUCCUCAAGGCCAUGGGCAAACUUUUCGAACGACUCAUUCUCGUGCGCAUGAGGCGCUAUUUGUUUCCCACAGACGGCGACCCUCUUGUCAUCCCACAACAAUUCGGAUUUCGAGCCAAACACUCGUGCCCCCAGCAAGUUCACCGCAUAGUGGAAUAUAUCCUCACCGGUUUUUAUCCUCGUCGUCAAAAAACCAUCGCGGUCUUAUUCGACGUUGCCAAGGCAUUCGACAGAGUGUGGCACGAGGGCCUUUCUACAAAUUGUACGACUUAG